AUGGAAAGGUACCAAGACUUUUUGGCGGAAAGCCCUUCGGUUUUAUAUAUUAGAUAUUUACGUAAUAUAGUCCAGUGCCUGCUUUAAACUACCCGGCUAUAUAAGAAUGUCACCCAAACUGUUGAAGUUGACUCGAGAGAAAAACAGUCUCCAAGUGGUCAUAUAACUUUCACUUGUUAGCUGGUGGGGUUGACUUGGCAAUUAUUUUGCCUUAGCAAACUCCUCAUAUUGGGUGAGCAUCCCAUAGCCAGGGAAAUCUAAAGCAAGUCCUGGCUAUAACAAAAUCCUUGUAGGCACAAUUUCUUAUCUUUCAACCUCUGAAACUAUAAAAAAAGAGAACGAAUGAACUUUGUAUCAGCUAAACCCUGUCUGACCACUUCAUGGGCCUGAGCGUGAGCCUGUUUUAAUGAGAUUUGAUACUUUGAUUGAAGCUGAAAUCGAAGAAUUCAAAAAAACAAUAGAAUUGAUGAAGUAUCACGGAAUCGAAAACGUUCGGGGAAGUAUUUUUACCGAAGUUCAGUUGUCAGACAAUGAUAUCACAUUUUUAAAUGCAUUUAUGAUUUACACCCAAUGUCCAGGACUUCUAUUUACACGUCCCUAUCAUGAAAACAUUCCACUUUAUAUAGAAAAUGCUAUAUAUCCAUAUGUUGAUUAUGCAGUUUUAUAUGAAAAUGUAAGAGAUUGAAAUGAAGUCUAUUGUGUCUAUGUGCUGACUAUAGAGCACGGGUAUUAUUAUGUUGGAUACUGCAAAUAUGUCAACAUCGAAUAUAGAAUUGAUCAGCAUAAAAAGGGACAAGGGCAAGGAGCUUCCUGAACUAAAGGGCACAACAUAAAAUGCUAUAGUGUUUUUGGGCCUUAUACAGACAAACGCUUAGCUAUUAUGGAAGAGUUAAAGAUCUCACUAAUUAUGUUUGGGGUUCACGAUUCAACAGAAAUUGUUGUAAGAGGGGGGCCAUAUGUAGAGAGAGAUCUUGAUGAAGAAGAAGUUUUGAACAUUAGAAGACUAAUUGCAGAUUUAAAUGAUGCUUGCUUUAUCUGCUACAGAAAAGGUCAUUUUGCAAGAAAUUGCAAUGAAGUCGUUGAUAAAUAUGAUAAAGAAAUAGUCAGAACUUAA